GCUCUGUAAGCCUCUGCCUCCUCUGUCUCUCUCCUUGUUUCUCUCUGCAUUGCCCUCACUAUAUAUACUCAGCCACAACCAUGGUUGCUGCUGAAGUAAUGCCUGAGAAACCCCUUCAUGGAGUUCCAAUCCUUUCAAGAGAGAGCAGUUUUUCAUCUUCACCCAGAAGGUUGGAAGGCAAGGUAGCCAUUGUAACCGGUGGAGCAAGAGGGAUAGGCGAAGCAACAGUGCGAGUUUUCGCGAAGAACGGUGCGAGGGUGGUCAUCGCCGACGUUGAGGACGCACUAGGCACAAUGCUGGCCGAGACCUUGGCCCCAUCAGCCACCUACGUGCACUGUGACGUUAGCAAAGAGGAAGAGGUCGAAAACUUGGUUCGUUCCACGGUUUCUCGCUACGGCCAACUUGACAUAAUGUUCAACAAUGCAGGGGUGUUGGGGAACCAGUCCAAGAAUAAGAGCAUCAUCAACUUCGACCCAGAAGAAUUCGACAAAGUGAUGAGUGUGAACGUGAAGGGAAUGGCGUUGGGGAUCAAGCACGCUGCGAGGGUGAUGAUUCCCAAGGGAAUUGGAUGCAUCAUUUCCACUGCUAGUGUUGCUGGAGUCAUGGGGGGGCUUGGCCCACAUGCAUAUACUGCUUCUAAGCAUGCCAUUGUGGGGUUAACCAAGAACACUGCUUGUGAGUUGGGGAGGUAUGGAAUUAGGGUUAAUUGCAUUUCACCCUUUGGGGUGGCCACCAACAUGCUUGUGAAUGCUUGGAAGAGUGGUGGUGGUGAUGACGAGGACGACGAUCAGGGUGAUGAGGGUAUCAUCAAUUUUGGAUUGCCCUAUCAAGAGGAAGUGGAGAAAAUGGAGGGGUUUGUGAGAGGGCUUGCUAAUUUGCAAGGAGCUACUCUUAGGGCUAAAGAUAUUGCUGAGGCUGCUCUCUAUCUUGCUAGUGAUGAGUCCAAGUAUGUUAGUGGUCAUAAUCUUGUUGUGGAUGGUGGAGUCACCUCCUCAAGAAAUUGCAUUGGUUUGUAACUUUUUAUCUUGGUUUACUGUUUCCCCCUAAUUAAUUGGUUGUCAAUGUAGGAUCGCGAUAUGAUUGUAAAAUUAUUCAUUUUAAUGUAACUGUAGUUAUUUUUUUUUUAA